CGUUCGUACACAUGUCUUACUGUAGAUUGCAAAUGAUGAUCUGAACCCCCCUUUGACUCUUACACUCUGUAUUGAUUUGAUUGAUUCUCACUAUGGCUGACAGGGCCACAUCCAUAACAGAUCUGCCGCUUGACAUUCUUGUUCUCGUAUUCCCGUACCUGGACGCGAAGAGCUUCCUGUCACUCUGCAGCACAUGCAAGGCUUUCCAGCAACCCUCCAUUCGACUUGAUCCCGCGUACUGGAGCUUCGCCACACGCAGUGUCUUCCGUGUACCGAACCAGCCAGUUGUUCAGCAUGACGGCGUGCGAUGGCAGAAGCUAUAUCGACGCAUGCUAACUCAGAGCCACGUCUUUACAUGGGGCAGCAACGUUCAUAGCCGUCUGGGCCAUGGCUAUAGCGAGGUAAUGCCUCGAGGUCCUAUGCUUCUGCCCCGACGACCUGGGCCAAUGAGGGGGAGAGGCAGGAUCAGUUGCGCGUUUCCAACUGAGAUGGAGGAUACUCGACAGCUGGGCAUCAUAGCGGACAUGCAGUGCGGCGGUUGGUCAACAACACUCCUCACCGCGAACGGUACCCUUCACACCGCCGGCGUACUCGACGGUCAAGUCACUCUGGCUUCUCAUGAUCGAAUAGCUCCUCUUAAGUUCCCUGCAGGGUUCCCCUCUUCAGCCUCUGGGUCUCAGUACCACGAGCCUUCGACUGCGAUCCGCCAAUUCUCUGCGGGCAGAUCACACAUACUUGGGCUUUCAGAUAAUGGAAAGAUUUGGUCAUGGUACCACGCAAAGAAGGCCGCACUGCAAGUCAAAUUCGCUCAUGUCGACUUGCGCGAACAAGCUAGUGAAAGUUCAGCGGUCAAGCAGCCUUCAGCAUUUGGACACGUACAGCAGGUUAUCGCAGGUUGGAGUCGUAGCUCUGCUUAUGUCCAAGGUGUAGGCAUUGUGGUCUGGGACGUUGUGGAACGAGGACCUAACGAUGGCGAUACCGACACCAUGCUUGUACUUGAGAAUGCCGAAGUACCUAAGACAAGCUACCGACGUCCGAAGGGAAAAGAGCGAGAGAGUGAGGACCAGAGGGCUCUUGGUCAAGAAGUUGGGGAGGUGCUCAACUACAUCAUCCUGGAGCACUUUGCUGUCUUUGCUACUGACACCGGCAAAGUGUUCUGUGGACUCUUCGGCGAUAAGAAUAUAGUCGACGACGUUCUCGAGCUGAGCGAUCUGCGAAGCGCAAAAGGGUCGUCUGUCGACGUUCAAGGCUCUUUCCGUCGCUUUGCAGUCUUCAAGAACGGGGAAGUCAUCACUGCCGACCAAGAGUAUCUGCAUCGAUGCUGGGACGCUCGAGGCACAAGCUCCACAUUUGGAGGCCUUCAAAGGAUCCCGGCGUUGCAAAACAACGAUGUCAUCUCCGUAGCCUUUGGAGAUUACCACUACCUCGCGCUUCACUCAAACGGCAAGAUUACUUCGUACGGGACCGAACUACAGGCAUGUGGCGCCCUCGGCCUCGGAGAAGAAGGACCACAAGGACAGGCGCGAGGCGUGACGUACGACCGCUUCAACCGCAAUGGGCGUAUAUUACCACACGCGUACACGUACGGCCGACAAGUAUGGUUCGACCCGAGAAAGAAGGCCUGGAUCGAACAAGUCAUCCACAGCUCGCCCAACGAGGAUACAGAGGCACGGCAGCGUGAGCAGCUGUUCAGCGAAGACCCAGUCGUGCAGGGAGAAGUCAGCGAAUGGAUCGAGCAGGAAGCGCGCGAAUGGGACAAGGAUGCGGGUGAGGACGGUCUCGGUGCGUACUUUUCCCUCAGGGUAAGCGCGGCGGGUUGGCACUCUGGUGCUCUGGUGCUGGUCAACGAGGAUCUGGCGAAGAAGGAGCCAUCGUAUUCAUACGAGGGCAAGAUAUUUCCACGGCUGCGGCUGAGCAACGGCACUGAGAUGCCUGGAUCUGGAGAGUUGGAUGCGUGGAGACAAGGACAGCCGCAGUGGCAGCUCGAUGCUGUGGCAUGAGGAGAAUGUGGUCUUCAGCUCCAGAUGUAAAAAUAAGCAUAGUCGAGUGGUUUGUACUCGAUCAGAAUAACACGAUAUCGAUCUCGAGCCCUGCUCAAACAGCUCACCCCAC